CACCCGCGCGUUAGGUAACACUUCUUUGAAGUCGGCAAAACAUUGGGUUACACGUGGCCAGGCACACCCACUGGUUGGCAAAAAGCAAAAUGACUGCAUUGGCUGGCUUGAGGAGUGAGUAUUUUAUGUCUUUGUCUGAGGAUGCCAGAAAGCGCUACGCUGCAAAGCUGGAAUCUGUUGGUUUGGUGAUCAGUGAUGACCCUUAUUUACCGGAAAAUAACGUCCAUUUCACAUCUGAGAUGAGGAACUGGCCAAAUCUCGAGUUUGGCCAUAUUUUCACCUACUUUGUUACCAGGCCUGGGCUUUUCACGCAAGAGCAGCUCAUGUCCUGGAAACAACUAGAGGCCUACAACUACUACAAAAGUGGACAUGUCAGAACAAUUUUCUGUCGUUUCUUUGGAAGAGGAGGAAGAAAGUUUGUGUUAUUAAAAGCUCUUGUGAAUCCUAGUCAAAAGUCACCAGAUAAGGCUAACAGUGCCUGGGUGAUAACCAAGCCAGAUGGAACAAUUAUUUGUGGCCAUUGUACAUGUAUGGCUGGACUGGGUGAGAGUUGUUCUCACGUUGCUGCUGUUUUAUUUAAAGUGGAAUGUGCUGUACGCCUUGGACAUACGUCUGUUACUGCUCAAAAAUGUCUUUGGAAUGAGAGUUUUGUUAGUAAAAUAACACCAUCAACUGUGCUUGAUAUUAAUUUUAAACGACCAAAGUGUAGGAGAGAAGAAGAUAGUUGUUCAGCAGCACUACAACCUACACCUGUUCUGGAUCAAGACCAUGAACACCGACUAUUUUCAGAAUUAGAAACUCACAUUCCAGACGCUGUUGUUUUGUCAUCUGUAAUACCAGUAACAGUCUCAAAGAAACAAGUCAUUCGGAAGCUUCCUUUUUUACUUACCUCUCUUGAGAGACGUGAAAACCUUCUUCUUAACAAAGAGGAAUUAGAGAAGCUAUGUCAGACAACAUUCCAUAAAUUAUCCAUAACUUCUGAAGAAUCGCAAUACCUGGAAGAAGCUACUCGUUUGCAGUCAUUGACUUCACUCUGGUUUGAACAUAGAAAAGGCAGGAUAACAGCAUCAAAAUUUCAUGCUGUUCGAGUCACUUCUAUCUCCUCCCCAUCAGUAUCUCUUUUGAAAAGUUUUAUUGGCAAUCAGACGUCCAAGUCAGCAACAAUUCCAUCUCUUCAGUGGGGUAUAGAAAAUGAAGAAAUUGCUCGCAAAGCAUACAUUGAUACUAUGAGUGAUGGACAUUGUAACAUAUCAUUUAUGCCAGCAGGACUACAUGUUAAUCCUGAUUUCCCACAUCUUGGCGCAUCUCCUGAUGGUAUCAUUGAAUGUGACUGUUGUGGAGAUGGUCUUAUUGAGAUCAAGUGUCCGUUCAAGUAUCGUCACCUAGAUCCUAACUUGAUCACAGAUGCUAGUUUCUACAUUAAGCGUAAUAUUGAAGGAGAUAUCAUUGGACUAUCUCAUGAUCACGAAUAUUUUUAUCAGGUUCAGGGUCAGCUCAGUAUUUGCUCUAAAGAUUACUGUGAUUUCAUUGUAUGGACUCCAAAAGGGUUAUAUAUAGAGCGUAUCUUGAAAUCUGAAUCAUUCUUUGAUCAAUUAAAACCACAUCUAGAUACCUAUUUUCUGCAGAUUCUUCUUCCUGUUCUUUUGACGGGAACUAUUGAUACAGUGGUUCCAUCAAAAGAUUCAUUACCUGUUGCGUCAUCAUCAAAGGAAAUAUUUUGUUUAUGUGGUGGGAAAGAUGAAGGGCGAAUGAUUGCCUGUGACAACAAUAAAUGUUCUAUUGAAUGGUACCAUUACAAGUGUGUUGGUAUCUCAUGCAAGCCAAAAGGAAAGUGGUAUUGCUCUACUAAUUGCAAGACAGGAGCAAGCAACUAAUUAAGUUCCCAACUUCUCACCCCACUAUAUCAGUCUAUAAACUUUGAUUAAUUGAAAUGAUUAUACUUUCAUUUUCAUAAUCAUAU